CAGCCGGGGGGGCGCGGGGUCCGCCCGAGGGGGCUGUGGGGUGCACCCUGAAACGCUAUACGGUCCACCCUGUGGCAGCUAUAGAGCCCACUCGGGCGGGUCUAGAGUCCGUGUGAGGGUGACUGUAGGACCCGCUGUGGGGGGCUAUUGGAGCUGCAAAGGAGUGCACAACAUCCCACCCUCCUGCUCUCCUUUCCACUCUCAGAGCGUAACGAGGGUCAAUCAGGUGUGUGAAGGUGUGACACCAGGCUUUGGGGACCCCUGGCGCAGUCACCGAGCAGUGACUGUGAAUGCGAGUGCGUCCCCAGGGUCCCUCGAGGCUGCCAAGCUCUUCACCGAUGGCAUCACCAACAAGCUCGUUGCGUGCUACACAGACGAGGCCAUGGCGGACGCGGUGCUGGUCCGCGUCUACGGCAGGAAGACGGAGCUGCUCGUGGACCGGGAGACGGAGCUGAGGAACUUCCAGGUGCUGCGUGCCCAUGGCUGCGCCCCCGACCUCUACUGCGCCUUCCAGAACGGGCUCUGCUACCAGUUCCUGCCGGGCAUUGCGCUGGGGCCCAGCCAUGUGCGGGACCCCCACAUCUUCAGGCUGGUGGCCCAGGAGAUGGCCCGGGUCCACGCCAUCCACGCCAACGGGAGCCUCCCCAAGCCCAUCCUCUGGCACAAGCUGCACAAAUACCUCACCCUCGUGAAGACAGAGCUCAGCCCAAAGGUAUCCAACCCCAGCCUCCAGCAGGACGUGCCCAGCCUGGAGAUGCUGGAACACGAGCUGGCCUGGAUGCAGGACACGCUUUCGCAGCUGGGAUCCCCCGUCGUGCUGUGUCACAACGACCUGCUCUGCAAGAACAUCAUCUACGAUAGGACACGAGAGCACGUUCACUUCAUAGACUACGAGUACACUGGCUACAACUACCAGGCUUUCGACAUCGGAAACCACUUCAAUGAGUUUGCAGGUGUGAAGGAGGUGGAUUAUCGGCUGUACCCCAGCAAGGAGACCCAGCUGCAGUGGCUGCGCUCCUACCUGCAGGCGUACAAGCAGCUCACCCAGGGGGAGCGGGGGGGAACGGGGGUGUCCGAGGAGGAGCUGGAGGUUCUCUACGUGCAAGUGAACAAGUUUUCUUUGGCAUCCCAUUUCCUCUGGGCGUGCUGGGGGCUGAUCCAGGAUAAAUAUUCUACCAUAGAUUUUAACUUCUUAAGAUAUGCAAAGCUUAGGUUUAAACAGUACUUCAAGAUGAAGCCGGUGGUCACAGCCCUGCAGAUCUCCAAAUAGCGUCUCCGGCUCCGUGAGGCCCUGAGCUGUUUUGUACUCGCUGCAUCCACAGCCCUCGCAUCCCCCUCGCCCCUUCCCCAGCCCGGCCGGGGCGAGGGCAGGUCCUGACGGGGCAGAAGACCCAGUGAUUAAAGGAGACCCUGGACACACCUGAAACUGGACCAUGAGAUGCUGGAGAGGACCACGGCCUCGGAGGCCCCUGCCUCCGCGAGGAAGCCUUUACCAUCGCCUUAACGCUGAGCCCUGGCGCUCAGCAGGUCUGUGCUGCUUGGCCUGGCACCCAGUUUGUUCCCCUUGUGCUGUUCCAAGGUGGGAAAUGGGUCGCCCCAUCUGCUCAGGAGCCCCCAGAGCUGCCCGGUUGCUUUUGCUGCUCACGCUGUGCCUAUUGCCCUCGCUGCUCUCUCUGUCCCCUCUUGCCCAGUGCUGCUGGGGUUCCCACCCCCCAAACCAGCACCUUUUUUGGGUCCAUAUUGAUCCUGGGCUUGGAGCUGCCCCUGAAUAUGGGACCCUUUUCCAGGAGGGGCGAGUGCUGCUGUGCUCCGCCUCACAAGGGGCAGCGAUGGCCGUGAGCUGCGUGGGCUCAGGACCAGCGGGAUUGUGCUGGGGGCACUGGGUGCCUGCACCCCCUUCCUGUCCCACUGCGGCUUCCCUGGGAGCCCCUGGCUCUGCCUUCCCUGGCUCCCCCAGGCCCUCUCGGGGCCGUGUCCCUGCGUGGGACCCCCUGGCAGGAGGUUGAAUGGGGCUGACCCACCGGGCACAGCUUCAUUGCAUCAGCACUUGGCUCUGUGAGGGUGACCCUGGCCUGCUGAGCACCGUCCAGCUCUUGAUGGUGGUUGUGCACCAGUUGGGGGGUGGAAUCGGACCCCUCUGCCCCUGCCUUGGCUGCCCAGCGAGGGGUUUGAGGACGUGGUGGCCAUUCCCUCCACACGGGCACAGGAACCUGCCCCAGCAAGAACCGGGACUGUUGUUGCAUCUUGUGUUCGUUUGGUGCAAAAAUAAAAGCUGCUGGUAGCUGGAAA